UCCACCAUACAUUCAUUGCAAUUUCAUUACAAUAAUCCUUGUUAAUAAUUUGAUACACCCACUUCCAAUUGAUGCAAACCCUAUAAUACGAUUCCUUUCCUUUUCAAAUCUUCGUUUUCUCCCUCUUUCCUUUUUUCUUGAUUAUUUUGUCAUUGUGACACAUGAUUAAUAUUUUCACUCUUAUGCAUUUUUGCGCUGCCAUUAGUUGUUUAUCAUUUUACCAGCUUCACGUGAUAAUCUCGAGAUUUCUUUUCCCUUCUACUGUAUCAAUAUUCACUGUAUAUUAAUGAUAAUGAUCAAAUCCCAGGACAACAAAGAAACCCAUUUUCGUCCUUUUCAUUAACAUCAAUGUUUAGUUUCACUAGCCUGCUCCUGCUUCUUCCAUGUAAUGUCUAUAUCAAAGAAUGGGUUUAAAUAUGUCAAGGUUGUUUGAAGGGGGCAGCAAAAUUUGCUGCUAAUCACAAUUGAUAAUAUUACCUAAAAGGGAGAUAUGUGUGUGCUGGUUAUUAUGAUAUAUGAAUGUCGUAGCUGCUUGGGGAGGAUGUUUUCUUGGUUUGAAACAUUGAAGCUGGAAGGUAGAGAGUUAGCCUGAUGUAAUGCCACGCUCUAAGAAUGUCAAGUCGGAGGCUAUGUUGGAAACUGUACAGGAGAUUGGCAUUUAUAUUCAUAGGUUUCACAAUCUUGACCUUUUUAAGCAGGGAUGGUAUCAAAUUAAGAUUACUGUGAGAUGGGAGGACAGUGAAAAUAUAGCAUUUGGAAUUCCAGCUAGAAUUGUUCAAUAUGAAGCUCCUGAUUUGGAUCCUAGCAAUACAUAUGGUGCAUGGAAGAUCGAUGAUACAGAUAAUAGUUUCUCAACACAAUCUUUUCGGAUAAAAUACGCUAGGCAGGAUGUUCAUUUAUAUUUGAUGACCGUAUUCAACUUAUCCCGUAGUAAAUUUGUGGAUUUAGCUACAACUGCUGUUAUUUUAAAGUUUGAGCUUUUAUAUACUCCCACAACUGAGAAUGAUGCUGACGAAGAAGCUUCUACGGAGGAUUCUCCUGCUGCUAUCCAUGAAUUUCGAAUUCCUCCUAAAGCUCUUAUAGGAUUGCAUUCGUAUUGUCCUGUCCAUUUUGAUUCUUUACAUACAGUGCUUGUUGAUGUGAGUGUACAUGUCAGUCUACUAAAAGCCAUCCCAAAGUUGCCCAGCAAUUCUGCCAACACCGAAGUCAUUAUUGAUAAAAGUAAUGACACAACGAAUAAAGGCAUUGACGAAGUUGCUUCUCUAGAUAUGAAAAAUGUCAUGCUUGUUAAAGCAUUACAAAUUGCUCGUGAUAUAUUGCUUGAAGAACUACAAAAAAUUAGCAAUGCAAUUAAUGAAGCUUUAGAUAUUUCAGGGUUUGUGUCAAUAAUGAGUAAUGCGAAGUUACUAAAUUCUGUGCAGCAAGCAAAUCCAUUUCCUUUAGAUGUUGAUGUUGUAGGACAAGGGAAGCCUUCAAAUGAUCUCAAGGGAGGAAAUGAAACUUCAGAUUUCUUGAAUGAUGAAAAACUCCAUUCACUGUCUCAAAAUGAACUGCUGGACUGUUUUCAUUCAUUGGGAGAUCAAUUAUUCUAUUUAUGGAAAAUAUUUUUAAAGUUUCAUAGGGAUAACAGAACAAAGAUUCUAGGAUUUUUACGUGAUGCGUGGGUUAAGGAUCGAAAAGUUGAAUGGUCAAUAUGGAUGUUGUAUUCAAAGGUAGAGAUGCCUCAUCAGUAUAUAAACAAUAACAAUAAGAGUGAUGAGUCUUCCAAUCGUGUACACAGACGAGUUUCCACUUUAUGGAAGUUACCUGAUGAACCUCUUCAGACUGCAGCUACACGUGCCGAACUUCAUCGGAAGAGCAUCGAACAAAUGCGGUUUAACAACCGCUCGAUUCAAGACAUGCAAAUAUUUGGAGAUCCCUUGCGUACACCAAUUGUGAUUGUUGAACAUGUGAUGAAUGUACCUCGACGUUGUCCAAGUGACAAUUCUUUACUGAGAAAUAUUGGGGAUAUAGAUUCAGAUGGCUUACCAAUUGGCCUCAACUCUGAUAAUAUAAGCAAGAAAUUAGCACCACAAAGUAAUGCUCGUGUGUUGAAGAUUGUUGUCUUUGUGCAUGGGUUUCAGGGGCAUCAUCUAGAUCUACGACUUGUCCGAAAUCAAUGGGUUUUGAUAGAUCCCAAAGUAGAAUUUUUGAUGUCAGAGGCAAAUGAAGAUAAAACAUUUGGAGACUUCGGAGAGAUGGGACAUAGGCUAGCUAAGGAAGUUAUUUCUUUUCUUAAAAGCAAAUUGGACAAAGCAUCAAAAUUUGGGAAUUUGCGAGAUAUUAGACUUAGUUUUGUUGGACAUUCUAUUGGUAACCUCAUUAUACGAUCCGCGAUAGCAGAUAGCAUAAUGGAGCCAUUUCUAAGACACCUACAUACAUAUGUUUCGGUAUCUGGUCCACACUUGGGGUAUCUUUAUAGUUCAAACUCAUUGUUUAACUCUGGAUUGUGGUUUUUGAAGAAGCUAAAAGGAACACAGUGCAUUCAUCAACUCACUUUCACGGAUGAUCCAGAUCUCCAAAAUACAUUUCUCUAUAAAUUGAGUAAGCAGAAGACCUUAGAACAUUUUAAGAAUAUUAUCCUGCUAUCUUCCCCUCAGGAUGGUUAUGUUCCUUACCAUUCUGCUAGAAUUGAAUCAUGCCAAGCUGCUUCACGUGACACUUCAAAGAAGGGUAAAAUAUUCUCGGAGAUGUUGGAUGAUUGUUUGGACCAAAUUCGUGCCAACUCCACGGAACAUCGAGUUUUCAUGCGUUGUGAUGUCAACUUUGAUGCAUCUACUCAAGGCAAAAAUUUGGACUCCAUAAUUGGUCGGGCUGCACAUAUUGAAUUUUUGGAUUCUGACAUAUUCGCGAGGUUCAUAAUGUGGUCAUUCCCAAAUCUUUUUCGAUAGCAGUUGCAAUGAUUUCCCUUCUCUGCAUUGAAUUCUAAAGCCUUUAACUUUAAGGCAUAACCUGCCACUGACCAAGAGUACUCGAAUUUUAGUGACAGGGUGUUGGAAGAAUGGGUUAACAGGUGCAUGUAUGUCUGAGUUGUAUAUUUUAUUUUAUUUUUUUGCCUUGAA